AAUCAGGAGGGAGUUUGAGGUAGUCAAGGUCAUCUUCUGAUUUUGUUAAUACUCGUUUUGCUUCACUCUCGGUGAAAUACGUAUGCUGAUCAAAGCUAUAUGUGACUGAAUCCCCAUCUAAAAUCUUACUAGCCCAAUUGUUCCAAAAAUACUAAUGGUACUACUUGGUGUGCAAAUUAGUUGUGAACUUACGAAUGUCACUAAUCUAAGUCCUUCAUGUGAUGAUUUUCGUUGGUAUUUAAAGGUAAAGUGCGGGAACUGCGGCGAAAAUACUCAUGAUUAUGUAUACAUUAACAGUGUAGAAAAGACACCAAUUCAAGACAGUCGCGGAGAUGCGAAUUUAGUAAUCCGGUGUAAAUUUUGUAAACGAGUUUCAAAUGCUGGUAUGCAGUCUGUUUAUAUGUUGUGCAUCUUUCAAACUUCAAGGCAUGAGAUUCUAAAAGAGGUUUAUAAUUCACUGACUGCUUAUUGCUGAGUGGAACUUACGUCUCAGCAAAAGCUCAUUGGCUUGUUCCACUUGUGGUCCACGUAAAUACUUAUUGUAAAGCGACUUGGUGGAUAGCUACCACAGUACACAUUUCUUGCCAUUUUUCACUUAAACCACCGAACCAUAGUUUUUGAUAAAUCGUUCCAUUGAGUUGAUGGUGAGAUCUUAUAAGCUUUCAAUGUUAGCACUCUGACCCUAUCCCACGUAAAUGUUAUGCACAUGUAAAUUACGUAGUAGUUUUUAGUGAUUUAUUCAGUUAUUCUGGAAUCCACAACAACCCUCUCCACACUUGUGCCAAGGUAUGACCAAAAAUCGACUCAGAGACUACAUUUUAUGAUGACUUGAAUAUAGACAUGACUUCGUGAUGUCAAUGAGGCUUGUUGUAACAGGGAAUGUUUCUUUUUAAAAUUACAUGUAGCCCCUUUAUUUUUCUUACAGUUGUUGCUACGUUUUUGGUAACUGGCCUAGUUGUAUUGUUGGAUUCCUGAAAUUCUGCUGGAUAGACGAAAUAUAUUUUGAAGCCACAACUCAUUGUUUUAUAGUCAACAGCCUUUCCAGAGAAAGUAAAGCAACUCAUUAAUCAUGUAAAUAUCCAUUUAUUCAGCCUUGAAUCGCAAUACGUAAGUGUUAGUAACAUUCCGAUUGAUGUUACUAAAAACAUGUUUGUAUGUAAAGGCAACCAGUUACAAAUCGUGUACUAUAACCACUAAGUCAUCGUUUUACAAUAGUCUGAAAUACUAACCUGGUUUUCUAAAUCUUUUAAGCCAGUUAAACUUUUCAAAUACCUCCAGGUGUAUGCAAUAUGACUACUGGCUUCCAUAAAGUUUGGUCAGAUUGUUCUCAACUCACAAUUUUAGUUAAGGACCAACGAAACAUCUCGAAUCUUGGGCCAGUAAAUGCUUUUUAAAUAAAUAGAUCUGCUUUUUGCUCAAUCAUUUAAGCGGGUAUUUACCGCCUAUUCUGCAUUUAGUAUAAUAUAGACUAACAUUUUUUAUGUAUAAAACUGCAGUCAUUAAGACAGGUUGUUUCCAUGUUCCCAAAUUUUAGAUAUUAUUCCUGGUAGCGUACUUCCAUACUCACUUGACGAUUCUGGUCAUUUCAAAACCAUUGCAAAAUUUGACUGUCGUGGUUUAGAAUUUACUGAGUUUUCUCCUCGUUGUGGUUGGUCUGCUUCAAGUGUCAACUCCGAUGCGGUUUUUGAUGACAUCUCAUUAACAGAUGAGUUCCAAUACCAAUGAAAAUGAUCCUAAUUAUUUAUUAUAAAGUUUAUUAAAAUGUCACUAGGUCCACCAUACCCACUAUAACUGUCUGUAAACAUCAAAUGUUUUGUAUGUACUACUGUUUCCAUGUUGAUUGCUUACUCGCCUCAAAGAGUAGCAACAACUUUAGUUUCGCUGGUAGCUACGGUGAGUCGCACGUUGUGUAAACAUGUAUGUCUGCUACUGUUACUUCAGUUGACUAUAGUUCUGUACCGCAUGUAGUUAAUUUCUUGAUUAUUUCUUAGAUCAACCACUCAUUUACGUGUAAUUUCUAAUCUGAUGGACGUAAAUAGUUCGUAUUCACUAAAAACGGAUCCUUAACUUACGGACAAUGUAAAAAUAUUAAGCUCACGCUUUUUAUGCAUCUAACCACAUUCCCAGUUCAUUUCUUUCUGUAACACUGCUUGUAAUAAAAGUUUAAUAACAGUUUUUGACUGUAUUUAAAUGAACUAGUGUACGUUAUAAAUUUACUCUCUAAUCUACAUUCUUAUUUCAUUAUUCGUGAUUUUCUACCCUGUUUACUCUAAAUUUCAUCCAUCAGCACUUAACGUGUUAUAUGAUGAUUUUACCGAGUUCAUGAUUGCACCUUCAGGUUAACUAAUUUGCAUCUUAAUUUGUGCAAAUAAUCCUGUAUACCUUAUGAGCAACAUUGAAAAAUGUUUUUAUGCCGUAGCUAUGUAGUUAAUGUUUUGUACAAGUACCUAAUCUACCUAAUUUUAAACUCACCAAUACUUUAUGAGAUUGGAUACCUGUCGUUUUUUACUUCGAUCAUUUAAUACCUACCUCAUAAUCGUGGUGAUAUCUAUGUCUGUAAUAAGAUAUAAAGUGCACCUAAAGUUUCACAUUUUAUCAUUAUCGUUGUAGAAUAGUUAGUUGUGGACAAAAAUAUGAAAAAAAUACCAAGUUAUUACACCGAAUUUCAGUUUGAUUACUCAUCGAAAUGUCCGUCGUUGAUCAGAAACUUUAUUCAUCCCGACCGAAGCUGCUACCUUGAC